UGAAAGAUGGUGAUUGCCCUCUUUGUUGUCUGGUGUUCUUUAUGUUCCCUACAGGAGCUGCCGAUACAAAGGCCUGACCCAGAAGAAAUUCUGCGUCACCUGUACCAUCAAGAUCAAGAUCAAGACCGAGGCGGCCCUCCCACCGGCGCUGCCGCCACAACCACCCUCUCUUGUGGCAGGGGCUGGCAGGGACGCGCUGGGACGCAUCCUCUUCACCGACCCACACAAAUAGAAGGACGCCAUAUACAAGAGGUGGACACAGCGGGAAAAGAAGAAAAAAGAACUUCAACAUUAGCGGAACAAAGAACGAGAAGAAGUAAGGAGCUUCCGUUGCAACAUCUACAUCUACCACUAAUGGCCACCGGGAUACGUGUCUUAUUUAAUGAUUUCCGAGGCCCCUGGCGGUCAUGGAGGACGGUGAGCAGUGCCUGGGGUCAUGUUGCUUGUGUGGCCGGUGUGAAUGUGACCGGGGGCUUGGCAGGGGUGAUGGGAGGCUUGGCAAGGGUGGCAGGGGUGGUGGUGGUGGUGGUGUGGUGGUGGUGUCCUUGGGUUCCCUUGAGGUAGUGUACACAGAAUACUUGUCAGUGUACUCGUUUGCAUGGCCAACUUAUUAACUGUCACACCUGUGCAAUGUCACCUUUGUCAUACGUGAUUCUCUCUCUCUCUCUCUCUCUCUCUCUCUCUCUCUCUCUCUCUCUCUCUCUCUCUCUCUCUCUCU